AAAAAAAAAAAAAAGAGUAGUGAGGGGACUGCUAUGGUAGCAGCAUCGAUAGCACCGCACAUGAGAAUGAGUGGGCUUUUCCGAUCCAAGUCUUGCACCCUCCCUCCCUUCAUCCCCACCCCCACCGCUCCUCCUCCUUCCCAUGAUGACUCUUUAGGCAUCCUCAGACCAACAUCCCCUCCUACCCGUUCUCGCUACCCCCACCACCACGAGGACGAAGACGACGAAAAAGAAGAAGAAGAAGACGACGACGACUACUACCAAGACAGGGUGGAAGAGGAGGAUGGAUAUUUCCUGGUCAAAAAGAAUCACAGCCCUGCUACGACGCCAUUUAUUGGGUUGGAAGAGCGCAGGAGCAGCAGGAGACACAAGAGCUGCAGUAGCACCAGUCGUCAUCAUCACCGUGGUGAUCCUGAUGAUGGUCAGUUUCCUCCCGGGGGAUUACUGGCCAUUGUGGUCGCGGCUCUGAGGAAGUCUCUGCUGGUCACGUGUAGCGGUCUUGACCUUGACACCGAUGCUGCUGAUGACGUCUCCUCCUCCAACCACCUCGACAUUGGCUGGCCCACCGACGUCCGCCACGUGUCCCACGUCACCUUCGAUCCCUUCCAUGGCUUUCUCGGCUUGCCCCACGACCUCCAGUAUCAUCUUCCCCGCGGCAACAUCGUCCCCAGCGCCAGUGCAAGUGUAUUUGGAGUCUCAGCCCAGUCAAUGCAGUGUUCUUAUGAUCACAGAGGAAACAGUGUCCCGACAAUUCUUCUGAUGAUGCAAAAUCGUUUGUACUCAGAAGGCGGCCUAAGAGCUGAAGGAAUAUUCCGAAUAAAUGCAGAGAACAGUCAAGCAGAAAAUGUUCGAAACCUGUUGAAUAAAGGUGUUGUCCCAUGUGGCAUCGAUGUCCAUUGUUUGGCAGGCUUAAUAAAGGCUUGGUUUAGAGAACUCCCCACUGGGGUUCUUGAUUCUCUGACUGCGGAACAAGUGAUGCAUUGCAACACGGAAGAAGAGUGCACACAACUUGUGAAAUUACUUCCUCAGACCGAAGCUGCAUUGCUUGAUUGGGCAAUCAAUUUGAUGGCAGAUAUUGUGGAUUUUGAACAUUAUAACAAAAUGAAUGCACGGAACAUUGCUAUGGUGUUUGCUCCAAAUAUGACUCAGAUGGCCGACCCAUUAACUGCAUUAAUUCAUGCAGUCCAAGUUAUGAACUUCCUGAAGGCACUGAUAAUCAAAACUCAGAGAGAGAGAGAAGAAUCUGCUUCCAGGAUUACUUUACUAUCAUCGGCUACUCAUUCGCCGACCCACAAGGACAUAUAUUCCUCAGACUCAGGUGUAUUGAUACAAUGCCACCAGGGCCUUUAUGGCCAUUGCAGCGAGGGAUCUGGCACUAGUGAACUUUUCAGAAGCGGGACUUCUGACCACAUAGAAUCUGCCAGAGCAGAUCAGCGGAACUUCAAAAGUAAGAGUGAUGCCAAGCAGGAAAAUGAAGCCGUUCCAAGUAGGAUAUCAACAAUUAUGCGCAAAAGCGAUGAUCUGGAAAGUGGUUUGCGAGAUGAUGGUUUGGAAAACAUGGAAGUUGAGGAGGGGUUAUUUGAUAAGCUGAGUUUGAGGAAAGGGGUGCGAAAGCUCUGCAGAUAUCCAGUGUUGCACCUAAGUAAACCACUUAAGAAAAGUGCGAGUGUUGGAAUUGUAAAUACCAGAAGAGGGGGAGAAGCCUGGGCAUGAAGAAAUCGCUACACUCACCGAGAUCUAUGAUUUUAUUUUCAUUGUCGAGAUUCUUGAUAAACGUUUGAAACAUUGAAGCAUUGUUUGAUAUCAAUAAUAAUGUAGGCGUAGAAAGAGUUGGGAGCUUGUAGAUUUUAGACUCCGUCUGAUGCCAACUGAAGAAUGUAGGUGUACGUACGUCUUGAGACUUCAUAGUGCCGCUGUCAGUCUAUGUAUAAUGUUCAAGGCAUUCUCUUAAGACUUUUGUAGCGUAAUCAGCUUGGUCACCACAGUCAAGGAGAAAGAUUCCCGCAGAUCAGCAGGCAGAUGUCUACGAUAUCAUCCAGUUUUUGGUUCGUAUGUUUAUAUAUAGUAUCAGCUGGUAGAUUACGCCAGUGUUUCGUUUAAAAAAAA